AAACUCCGGAACUCAAUGACCCGAAUACACCACACCGUCUAAAUCCCCUUUUGAGAUCCCCCUGAGUGCGGGGCGUCGCGUCAGGAGGCGUCGUUAUUCGUUUGUUUCCAGCCGACGGCGACGCACUUAAAACAUGUGAAAAAGCGCGCGAACUGAAUUUUCCAUUUUAUUACAUCAAAGAACCCGUAAAUACGUGCGAAGAAGUUUGCGUGUGUGUGUGUCAAAACUCAUGGAUAAAGAAAAUAAGGUAAUGGACUUCCGAAUCAUCCUCCACGAGAACCUCCAAAACGUCUCGGAUCAAUCGGCGACGUACCAAGCAGACACCACGCCCGACUACACGUUGACCUUCGUAAUAGGGACGUGUGUCUUAGCGCUAUUCUUACUAUUGGGCGUGGUCGCCAGCGCCUACUUAUGUUUAACCUUGAAAAAGGGCACCCUAUUAUGGGUGACAGACAGUAACAGACAAUUGAACAAGGACAGAAGCGACGAGCACAACGAGAGGGAGGAGAGCAGCGUGAGCACGAAGGCAGCGAGACGGACCAGCGCGAAUCAAGAAACGACACAAGUUUAAGUGUUUUAUAAUAUUUAUAAGAAUGAUGAUAAUAAUAAUAGUGCAUGUGUUAAAAUAUAUGGCCUUUUAGACUGGU